GCGAAACACUGCAGUAGCAUCAUUAUUGACAUAAGGAUAAACCGUAAACAAGUCAAAACACCACAUCUUCCAAAGGAGUGGAGUUCCCAAGGACAACAGGAGUACAGGAAGCGGCAAUAAAUCUCUUUGAAGAUGGAGCGACGAGGACGCAUACCGGUGGCGAAGUUCCGUACCCAAGAGGCCAAGACACGCAGUCGCAGUCGCGUGAGGGAGCCAGACUAUAAUGAGCAAGACCCGGAGCACGAUAUGUUCACUCUGUUGGAGGAUAACAUUGCACUCAGGGAGGAGAACAAGGCUCUGAAGCUGGAGAUCGAAACACAUAAAACCACACAGGAGGAACAGCAGUCUCAGCACGACAAAAUGUGUGGGGCCCUAGAGUCACUGCAGCAGCAGCAGACCAAUUUCGAGGCUCAAAUCAAGGAGCUCAGUUCAAAGUUUAACAAGGCUCUCAAUGAAAGAAAUGCUCUGGACAAGCUGCACAAAAUGAAGGUCGACCAGAUCCACAAUCUCACAAGCGAGCUGGAACAUAUUCGGGAAAAGCAGCAGGAUCAGACCCCUCAACUUGGUCCCCGUCCAGUUUUUGGAUCCGUGGAACUUAAGCGAAAGCUUUUCAAGAUCCUGCAGUCGGGCAGUGCAGACAGCGCGGACAGUAUCACCACUCAAGAGCUCGACAGUCUGGUUGAUGUCAAUUCGGAAGGUGUACCCAUCACUAGUGGUCUUGUAGAACGUCUGGCUGAUGAGUUUUUGACUCUCAAAAAUACCACCAAUGCCGUGGAGCUCCAGUUGUACGAGGCCAAUGAAAAGAUGGCUGAGUUGUUGGAGCAGCAACACGCAAUGGAGGAGGAAAAUGAAGCUCUGCGUACUGAGAACACUAACUUGACCAAAGUAGCCAAGUUGCUGACGGAGAACAUGAAGGAGAGUGUGGAAACUAGCCAAAAAAUGGAAGCGGCUCUGAUCAAGUUAAAGCAGCGAAAUGAUGAGCUUACAGCGCAAACACGCGACUUGACGGAUGGACAGCCGGGAUCAAGAACUAGUACCUCAUCUAGCGUGCUAAACGAACAGGUGGAGUUCGAGCAGAUCCAGGACCAGGUGCAGCUGCAGGCCAGGGAGCACAACGAGCGCAUCGUAGAAAUGCAAAAUCUAAUGGAUGCGGCAAUAGCCAAAACUACUAACGAUGAACUAAAAAAAUUACAACUUAAGUUGGAGAUACUAGAGGAACAGCUGCGCGAGGCAGUGAUGCGGGCUGAUCAUGCCGAGGAGCAAUUGGCGCGCUACCAGCAGUCCGAGCAAAAGUCACUGGCUGCUCCGCCACCACCUCCUCCUCCACCGCCACCACCUCCAAUGCCGGGAAAACUUUUUCCUCCCGCAGGAUUGGUGGCAUCUGGCGGUGGCAGUAGCUUGAGUGACCACAUUGCCGGACAUAGCUUGCGCAAGGGCAGCGGCGACAAGAUCAUCGACAAUGUGAAGCAUCAGGUACAGGCCGAGGCAGCAACAGGUCUUGACGCUCUAAUGCGUGAGUUCAAGUCGGGAGGCGUGACCCUGCGGAGACGCAAUCGCCGAAAGACGGGCACCAGCGAGGCCCUCAAGGAGAUGUUCCAAGUACUAGAGAUAAGUCAGAAGCAGAAUCGCAAUUCCAAAAUAUGCGUGGACCUGCAUUCGACCCGUGGAGUUGAUAUUUAAUAACCGUUCCUGCCACAAAUUUCUCACCCACUCUCUUACACUUUGGUCUCAAAUCUCAGGACCCAGCUGUCCCUGAACAACGAACAUUCCGUGCAUUUUCAAACCGUAUUAUUGUGUGCCUUUUCAAGGAUGAAACUGAAGCCAUUUUACAAUUUACUAAACAUAAGACCCUCUUUCAUGGUGGAUCUGCUUUAUACAAAGCUUAUUUAUCCAACAUAUUAUUUACUUGACAAUAUUAAUUUAUAACAAACUUUGACCCGGCCUGAUCAAUGUGUUCAUUUCAACAGGUUUCUCGUUUUACUAACAAACCCUCAAAAAAUUAUCUUGAAUAAAUGUUUUUAACCAAAUAAAUUAAAAGGUUUAUCCCAUA